AUGAAUGAAUUUCCAGUUACAUACCUCAACUUUAAUCAGGACUUGACAUGCGUUGCACUUGGUUUGAAAUCGGGGUAUAAAAUUGUUAAUGUUGAGCAGAAGUUUGGUCGAUGUUGUUCUUACAAGGACGACUGUAUCAAUAUAAUAGAAAUGCUCUAUACCACAUCGUUGAUAGCAAUAACUCCAUUGGGAAACGAAAUAGGAUCAUCGCCUAGAGAGUUGAAGAUCAAAAAUACAAAGACAAAUAGCACCAUAUGUUCAUUGUUUUUCCCAACUUCAAUACUAAACAUCAAAUUGACCAAUGACUAUCUUGUCGUGGUUUUGGAAUCUCAAUUGUACAUUUACGAAAUCAAGACGAUGAAGUUGCUUCAAACGAUUAAAACCAAUUCCAACCCACAAGGACUCUGCACAGUGUCGUAUGAUUCAAAGCAUUGUUUAUUGGCUUACCCUUCUCCCCCCAGUGCUUCAGAAACACUUUCAAAAAUCCACAAUAACAGUAGUCAUCAAAACAAGACCAGUACCAACAAAUCCCCAGGUAAUACAGUAUCAGAUAAGGGUGAUCUAAUAAUUUUCAACAUAAACAAGUAUCUCCCCAUUAUGGCUAUAAGUGCUCAUAAAAACGAUAUUGCCGCCAUGAGUUUUUCAAGUGAUGGGUCCCUCAUUGCUACCGCAUCAGAUAAGGGGACAAUUGUACGAGUUUUUGAUACAAAUACUGGGGUCAAGUUGUUUCAAUUUCGAAGAGGGUCUUACCCCACAAAAAUUUAUUCUUUGCAAUUUAGCAACGACAACAAGUAUGUCUUAGCAACAAGUUCAAGUCUUACUGUGCAUAUCUUCAGACUAGGCGAGGAAGAAGCAUUGGAGAAUAAACAAAAGAAAAAGAUUAAAACCAUUGAAGAAGAACCAGAAACUGUACGAGAGGGAGAGGGUGUUGAUGAUGAUGAUUCGGAUGAUAUGGAGGACCAUAUGGAUGUGGAUGAGGAGGAUGAGGACUCGGAAAUACCUUCAAAGCAUAGAAAACUCUCCCAGAGCUCUUCCAAUUCAUUCAAUAGUGUCAAUUCUGAAGAUGCCAAUUCUCCAAUUAUUGAUCAAAAUAGGCUCUCAGUUGCUAGAUUGAUUAGACGAUCGUCACAAACGUUGGGCCGCAAAGCAGCACAAAAAAUGGGUGAUUAUUUGCCAUCUCGAUUCUCUUCCAUUUUGGAACCCACGAGGCAUUUUGCUUCCAUCAAAAUUGAUGCAAAAAAUAAAGAUUUGAAGUCGAUUGCAAUGAUUAACAAUGUGAGUACUGCUACCGAUACUAGUGCGACCUUUGGAAAAGAUUCUACGUCACUAAGUCAAGGCGAUGGCAAGGAUUUGGAUCAUCUAUUGCAGGUCAAUGUUGUCACCUCUGAGGGAAUCUUGUACAUAUAUGGAUUAGAUCAAGAGCGUGGAGGUGAUUGUAUAUUGUUACACCAGUACAGUUUGAUAGAGGAGUAG